UCGGUCCGUUUAAUGCAGUUUUAAUCCUUCGGACUGGAAGCCUUGGGAAGACGCCUUGUGAGACUAGAAGACUUCAAACAGUAAAGAAAAGCCUAUGUCAUUAACAACGUAUAGCUGCAUAAUUAGGUUGAUCCUUAGUAAAAAGAAUUUUACUACUUUUCAAGGUUAACAUCAACAGUUUGCCGCCACCGCCUUCACGUAGACAGUUGGAACAAGUGAAUUAAGAAGGCAACUUCCUUGAAUUUCGGCUAGCUGUGAUUUACAGUCGGUACCGUCCACAGUGUGCGAACGACGUCACCAGAAUUUGAAAGCCCGACCGGCCACGUGGACCUAGGAUCGACCUUCAACUUGAAGUUGGAAUAAAAGGGACCGCGAGAACAAUGCGGAGAAUUCUUCAGUGCACUACCCUGGUCUUCCUUGUCGGCUCAGUCCUAUGCGUUCAGUAUCAAGCUGACAGCAAUCCGGCUGUGUACACGGCAUGGCCCGCCUGUAAGAAAAGGACCGAGUACGUCGUGGUGGUGAAAAACGCAGACAGAGUACCGGGUGAGACCUACCAUGAACGCAUCAGAAAGAACGGCCGAAUUAAAUAUUACUUCUGCAUGCCCUGCAUUCGGUGUAACUUCGGGGUUCAGGAGAUAAACCCAUGCUCUGUCUUCGCUGAUACCUCCUGCUCGGCAACAGAGUGCGCAGUGGCAGACUGUGUCCUGGACGAAACCAUUCACGCCUGUAGGCUGCCCGGGGAUCCCAAUAACUUCACAAAUCUGUCAGCGAUGAUGGACCCCUGUGACCCCAGCAAAGUCGUGUCUAAAUCGACAGAGGGCUCCCUGAACGAACCGGCCAAAGUCGAAUGGAUUACCACCUCGUCGUGGUCCAGAGAAGGUACAGUAAAGACAACAGGCAUCCCCCCAAACAACCUUGGCUCUGAGCCCAACAUUAACCCUGUAAAACCGGCGGCAGACAAGCCCAAGAGUGGAUGGAAAACACGAGAUACCAUUCUGGUCAUUGUUGUGACCGUCAUAGUGGUCAUUUUUGCCACUUUGCCCGCCGUCUACUACUGGAGACCCAGAAAGAUUCGUCAGAGUUGGUCGAAGGUUGAUCACAGCUCAAAUGAGGGACGUCCACGCACAUUGGAGACUUCAGUAUAGACUAAUCCUAUAAGACGCCGUAACUGCGGUGGCACCGCACUCAGGCGCACAUUCUUCUGCUUGACGUGCGCGUGCUUUUGGAAAAUCGCGACACCCUAUGGGGUGCGUUCGAUUAGCUUCCCUGAACACACCGGUGUUACACUCAAGGGAAGCCUCAAAAUGAGG